AUGGAGACUAUGUUGCAAGCUUUUUGUUUAGCUUCGUGUUCUACUGAUGUUGGUUUAACGAGAAUUUUGGAUGUUGACCAAAAAGCGUCCAUUGCUCGCUCCUCUGUAUUACCGAUAACUUAUCAUGGAGGCCCUGUUAUGAAUAAUCCAGUUGUCUAUGUAAUUUGGUAUGGGAACUGGACUGCAAAUAAUGGAACAACAAUUAUAGAAAACUUUCUAAUAGGUCUUGGCUCAACUCUAUGGUGGAAUAUAACUAGAGCUUAUAAUAAUACAUCACCAAUAAUAUUUGGUGGAUCAACAACAGAUAGCUAUUCGCAAGGAAAACGUUUGACGCAAUCACUUGUACUUGCUAUUGUCAAACUAGCCAUUAACUCUAUGGCAUUGCCAAAUGAUACAAAUGGAAUAUAUUUCGUGUUAACUUCUGCCGAUUGUACCGAAGAAUGGUUUUGUUGGACAGCAUGUGGUUGGCAUGAUUUCGAUAAUUCAACUAAUUUGAAAUAUUCAUGGGUAGGAAAUUCCGAGCAACUAUGUCCAAAACGUUGUUCAAUACAACUGGUGUCACCAAAUGGCAACUUCGCAGCCGAUGCAAUGGUUAGUGUUAUCGCUCAUGAAGCAUCUGAAACAGUGUCAGAUCCAUAUAUCAAUGCUUGGUAUGACUCAAAUUGUGAAGAAAAUGCUGAUAAAUGUGCUUGGACAUUCGGAAGCGCAUCUCUAUUAUCCAAUAAUGCAUAUUAUAAUAUGAUUGUAAAUGGAUUUAAAUAUAUGGUUCAGCAAAACUGGCGGCUGUCUACUCAAGACUGUGGUUUAUCAUAG